AUGUCCGAGGAACUCCCGCCUCAUCCCCCCGGUCCUGGCUUUGACAAGAUCGAAAAUUUCAACUUCCUUCUGUCGCGCACUGAUCCCGGAGCCAAGGCAGCGCGCCAAUACUCCUUUGACACGGACGCCGGGCUGGUCCCGUUUACCAACGUGAACAUGGAUUACGACCAGACUGAGGGCAUGGGCGGCCUCUCCGUCAGCUCCUACGAUAGCAUCGAAGACGAGCGCAGCUCACUCGAUCUCUCCCGAUAUCCCUAUCUUGCUCCCAGCGGCGACAAAGGUAUCAACUACUCUCUUCCCGACCACAUCUUGCGAUACUCGACACACUCCAUCUAUCCACCGGUUCCCUUUGCGCCCGAUGACCUCGGCCAUGCCCCGGGAGCCCUGACUCCCUCGGACGUCUCAUCGUCCAUCUCCCCGCCCAACGGCCAGAUGGGCAACAUCAAGUACUCCACCUCCAUCUCCGGAGACCGUAUCGCGGCUGCCCUGGACCAGGAGGAAGGUGUGCGGGUGGCGGCCGAGGAAGACCGCCGCCGUCGCAACACCGCGGCCUCCGCCCGCUUCCGGAUGAAGAAGAAGCAGCGCGAGCAGGUCCUCGAGCGCACCGUUCGCGAGACGACGGAGAAGAAUGCCUCCCUCGAGGCACGCGUCGCCCAGCUGGAGAUGGAGAACCGCUGGCUGAAGAACUUGCUGACCGAGAAGCAUGACGCGACGAGCACGCGGAUCCCUCCGCCGCCACAGGACAGCUCUGCCCUGGAGUCCAAAGCGGGCAGCACACGCUCCGGCCAAAAACAUAUUCAGCCUAAAAAGAAGGGCGUCGGCACUGAUGAGUAG